CCUCCCCUCAACCAAACCCUUCCAAGAACUUUCCCAUGUCCCCCUCUUUUAUCACCAUCAGUAUUUCUCCAUUUUCAUUCGUUCUCUCUCCCUAUCUCUCUUUCUCAGUCUUCUCUCUCUAAAACCAAGUCCUAAUGGCUCCUAAUGAGAAUUUCACUUUUCCGACCUUCGAGAUGGGAGUGAAUAAUCGCCAGGAUAUGCCGAUCGAGGUUCCUAUGGUGGAGCAAAAUACGUCCAACGGAUACGAGCUGGGAGGGAAAAUUAUGCUGAGCGCCAUAGUGAUUUUGUUCGCCGUCGUGGUUUUUAUUGUGGUGCUGCAUCUCUACGCGCGGUGGUAUCUCCUCCGUCAGCGCCGCCGGGAGCUCCGCCGUAGGCGCAGUCGGAACCGACGCGCUCAGAUUGUGUUCUAUGUUGAUGAUAACCAGGCCGCCGCCAGCCGUGGGCUCGAAGCGGCCGUGAUUGGGUCGCUGCCGGUUUUCGAGUACUCGUCCAAGGACCGGACCGAGCCGGUGGAAUGCGCCGUGUGCUUGGCGGAGUUUGAGGAUAACGAGAAGGGCCGGCUUUUGCCCAAGUGUAACCACUCUUUUCACACUGAAUGUAUUGAUAUGUGGUUUCAUUCUCACUCUACUUGCCCGCUUUGCCGCUCUCCGGUUGAAGCGUUCCACGGACCGGAUGAGACGGUCGUUAACGUUAAAGUGAAUGAACCGGUGGCCGGAAACUGGGCAGAACCCGGUUCGAGUUCUGGGUUGUGCAGCGAGGUAAAUGGGCCCACGACGUCGUCUUUGGGUUCCCGGAGAAAGGGUGUGGAUUUGACCGGAGUGAGAGUAGAGGUGCCGGCACGGAACGAGUUAGAUCCUGAGUUCUCACUGAGUUCACCCGCGAGUUGCGGGUUCCGGUCGCCGGGGAGCCGGUUGUUGUCGUUGAAGAGAAUACUGAGUAUGAACAAGAGAACUCCUAGUGGGCCCAGUACUCCGUUGCCGCUGUCCACCGAGUUUGACUUGGAAUGCGGCGGAGGCGGUUGCGUGAGCGAGUUGACUCGUCCAAAGAUCCCAACACCGAGGUGAUUUUGCCUAAUUCUGGGUGACCUGUCAGUGACAAUUUGAGCUGAUUGUGACAUGGCACGUAUGAAUGAAACGGUGGAAACAUAUCCACGCGCCAAGAUGUGGAGCACGGCUUCUUUGACUUGUACAGAUAAGACUUAAGAGUCUAGCAGACUGGUAGUGUUCAUAAAAUAUCUAUAUUAUCUGUAAAUCACAUUUCUUGUGUUAAAUUUAUAAUUUGAAUUCAAUAUUAUUUUAA